ACGUAUAUAAUCCAACUCUUUUCACAUUAAAACACACAGAGAAAUUCAAGAGAGGCAGAGCGAUCGAAAAUUAGAAACUAAAACCGAAGCGUAUAACGAAUAAAAACCCUAAUUUCCAUCUCUGUUCACCUUCACUGAGAAUAAAAACCCUAAAUUGCUCUUUUUUGACGGUACGACGGCGUUUGAGGAUGAUUGUGAGUGAGAAAAUGGUUGCUGAAGCGGAGGUUAUAUGCCAGAAGACCAUGGCUUUGCCUGUGCUGGACAUGAAGUACCGUGUCUGCGUUUCCAAGGACCACAACCUUCAGAUCGACGUGGCCUCCCCGCCUUCUUCUGCUCCGAGCUUCGGCGAGGUUUGCGUCUCCGAAACGAUUUCCACUGAGAUAUCUCGCUUCGAAUCGGUUGUGAGUUGCACAGAGACCAUUAAUAAAGCUGUAAUGGAGUCUUCUGCCAUCAAGUUUGUCCCGGACAUUCAUUCAGGAAGCCACACUGACAUCGGAGGAAGGGAUUCGAUGGAUGAUGAACACAUUCGGAUAGAUGAUCUAUCUGCCCAUGCGGGGCCUCUCUUCAAGUCUCCCCUGCCAAGUGCAUUUUAUGCAGUUUUUGAUGGUCACGGUGGGCCUGAGGCAGCUUCAUAUGUCAAAAAGCAUGCCAUGAGACUCUUCUUUGAAGAUGCUGAUUUGCCGCAGAGAAUGGAUAUGGAUGCUGUUUUCUUCAGAGAGUUGGAGAAUUCCCAUAGGAAAGCAUUUCUAUUGGCAGACGAUGCCUUGGCUCAUGAACACAGUGUGAGCAGUUUUUGUGGAACAACUGCACUGACUGCUUUAAUUCUUGGAAGGCAUUUGCUGGUUGCAAAUGCUGGUGACUGUCGAGCAGUUCUUUGCAGGAAAGGAGUAGCAGUUGACAUGUCUCAAGACCACAAGCCUACUUUCUUGCCGGAACGCAAGCGAGUUGAGCAGUUGGGUGGUCGCAUUGAUGACGGGUAUCUUAAUGGUCUCUCGGUCACUCGAGCCCUUGGAGAUUGGGACUUGAAAUUGCCACUCGGUUCAUCAUCACCUCUCAUUGCUGAGCCAGAUGUUCAACAGGUUAUGUUAACAGAAGAUGAUGAGUUUUUGAUCAUUGGUUGUGAUGGGAUCUGGGAUGUUAUGUCAAGCCAAUAUGCUGUAAGUCUUGUUCGGCGUGGUCUGCGGAGGCAUGAUGACCCGCAUCAGUGUGCCAGAGAACUUGUCAAGGAAGCCUUGCGCUUGAAUACAACUGACAAUCUCACCGUUAUUGUUGUGCGCCUCUCUUCUCCUAAUCGUGUUGUUGAGUGCUCACCCCAGCGCCCAAGGUUGAGGAUCUGCAGUCUAUCUGAGGAAGCACGCAGCCGGUUGAGAAGCUCGUUAGGAGGCAAUUGAAUGUAAAUACAAGUCGAUUACUAUUUAGUGGUUCCUAAUGGAAAAUCAUUUUUAUCUCAUUGUGGCUGUUUCAGAUUAGUUUUGAACAAAGCAGCUAGCAGUUUUGUAGGUCAGAAGUAGGACUUGAUGUAAUGUUGAGUUUGUGGCUUGUAGCGGUAAAACGUAAUUGCAUUUUUUUGCAAA